ACCUUGAUUGAUGUGGAUUGACGUUGUCACUGAGGAAAUCAGGCGUUCUUUUCAAUCUCUCCGUUGAACGGAUACACUCUUUUCGGUCCAUAGUCCUGGAGACACUCCUUUUCCUUACUUUAUUUUCUUGUCAUAUCUGCACUAUUGGUCACUUGGCGUGUGUCUAACAUUAUCUAAUACUUGUUUAUUACUUUUAUCAUGGCUCGCUAUCAACUGAGGCGGCCGACGCCAGUCUCCAUCUUCCCCAGGCACUCGCGACGUCAAGAUGGUGCUGUAACUACUAUGCCCCUUCCGGAGAGGCAGAAAGAGGAGGAUGAAGGACCAGAAAGCCCAGACUCGCCAUUCAGCAGCCCUUCAACAGUUGGCGGCGGGUCAUCCUCAAGUGAAGAUUCAGAAUCCGACGAUGAUGAAGAGCCACCCUCGCCGAUGAAAUCCGGUGCAUCAUCCCGACCCGUCCAAACUCUCGGUCCUGAUCCGACCAUGCCACCCUCUCUAUCGAGCACCGCGACAGGUGUGCCCGCGUUACAAGUCACCACAGAAGCAGCUCUAUCAUGGGGCACCGGCACUACGUUAGAAACGACGACUCUUCCUUCCACAACAUCUCUCCCAGGGGACAGGAUACAAAGCGACAGGCAAAAGGAUGCUUCACCGACAGCUUCCGUGUCUCUUUUUCCGCCUCCUCCACCUCCGCCUCCGCCUCUAUCAACUGCAGAAGCGGAAAUGACGGGUGAAACCAGCGCUGCGGAAAGGUUGCCAGAAGAACAGACGCCCAUAAUGACAAAACAAGCCAUGGUAGCAGCAAUCGUCCUAGGUGUACUUGGUGCCCUGGCCCUUCUCGUUGCUGCCAUCGUCUUUAUCAAGCGCCGCAAAAGCAAGCAAUAUAACCGCCAUGUGUCCAUGCAAGACGAUUCUUUCAAUUCAUCCAUGGCACAAGCUCUGCGAGCUCCGGAGAGCGCACACGCAGGUACUGCAUCGUCAAUAUUCGCGCGUCUACAAGGGGCCAGUAACGGUGGUGCAGAGGGUCAUUUGACCCGCUCAACAGACCGCAGUAACACUCUGUUUGGCCCAGGUGAAUAUUUGCGCCCAGAAACAGUAUCCACAGACCGUAGCGGCUCGCGCAUGGAGCCUCCAACACCCAAUCCUUUUGCCGAUCCUCAGCGUAACAAGGCAUAUGACAUGCUUCACAACAGGCCGAGGAGCACAACGCUUACAGAUCGAGGUAGCUGGAGGGAAAAUCCCUUCAAGAACCCAGAGAGUGAUCGAUUCGAUCCAUUUGGCGAGCUCAAGGAGAAGGCCCGGAGGGAGAGGCUGCGUUAUCUGGAAGAGGCUAAACGGGAGGCGGAGCUGCAAAGGCAAUUGCAACAGAAAGAAGCCAUGGGACUGCGACCAGAUGAUAUGCCAUGGGGCCACGACAAUGGAUACAGAUGAAAGCGCGCACGCAUAUGGGAGUCCAAUGUAUUUAUAUAUCCUCAAUUGCUAAUGGGACUGCCAUUUGGUCA